CUAAGAGAAGGCAAAAAACGUUACAAACUGCAAAACUAAAAUGGCACAGAUUGCCUGCCGUCUAUUCCCACUUCUGUUAAUUGGAUUGACACAAAUUGUAAGAGCAGAUUACAUGGACAAACUUGCAAAGAAGAAGAUGUGUGCUGAUGAGGAAUGUAGUUAUGUUAUCUCAAUUGGCCAGGUAGUUGAUGACUACAAUGCACCAGACUGCAGAUUUCUGAACCUUAAGGAAGGACAGUUACUAUAUGUGUACUCCAAACUGGUACGAGAAGGGGAAAGUGGGGAGUUCUGGUCUGGCAGUAUUUACAGUGAUGAUGAGUAUGAGGAUCAAAUGGGUAUGGUAGCUUAUUUUCCUAGCACUUUAGUAACUGAGCAGUACGUAUUCCAGAACACAACGAUGGAACUUCCCACCACCAGAUCCUCAAGUGAUCAACUACCGGUUGGGAAACAAAGCACUUUCUGCGACAUCUGGGCAACAUUCCUGGUUUUGGGCUUCAAUGGCUAUCGACUUCUACUGUGACUAAUUCCAAUGACCGACUCAUCAAACUGUGCAAUCAAAGAAAAAAAAUGCAGAACAAAUUUGAUUUAACUGAGAAGUUUGUUCAGUUUCUUGCAGCUAAAAGCAUUAGAUUUUUAAAAAAAGAAAUGUAUAAUGCUAAAGGCUGAAGACUAGUAGAGAAGACUAUAAAGCCAACCUUUUUGGCCUUUCUGUGAUUUUAUUUACUUGUUUAACAAACCACAAGUAAUAGAUUUAUUUUUCCAUUAGUUCAAACCAUUCCGUUCAAUGUUUUAUCAAAUAUUCAGAUAAUAUGUAAAACAGUUAAUGCUUAAACAUCUGUAUAGGAACAACCAAUGGAUAAAACAUUGCACUUGGAAAAGUUUCCUUACAACCUGAAUGUCAUCAGUUUUCUUAGAUCUCUAUCUGCUUGAUUUCACAUGGUUGGUCAGAUAGAUUAUCCUUAGUGUUUCAAAAGCCUGCUGCAAUGCAAACAAAAUUAAAGCAUAUUUACUUUGCUUAAUCCUCUUGUAUGUAUA